CCGCUCCGUCCUUUCCCUCACGCCGUCACUGAGACUCUAAUUGGCCGACGGCGUCUCUUCGUCCACGGGACGCGUCCUCCCUUCUAGUGAUGUGUCAAAAGACCAAAAUUUAAGAUAAAACGAAGAAGAAAAGAAAAAAGGAAACUGAAGAAGACAAGGCAAAGAAAAAUUGUGAUCGAUGGAUUAGCUAAUUGCCUGAUUGUUUGGCAUUCCGAAACCACCUCGCGUCGGAUGGUGGAUCGCCAACGCCUUCCCAGCCCCUCGAUUCGUCAUCGUCGCUGAUGACGAAACCUAAGAAAUUCCUAGAGCGCCUCUUCAAGCCCUUUGUCGCCGGCCGUAAAAAAGAGGGGAGAGAGGAGAAGGAACUGGAGGCGAUCGCGGCCAAGGAGCAGAAGGCGUUCCGGUACGAGGCGCUGGCGGCGGCCACCCGCAAUUUCGAUCCCAAGCAGAAGCUAGGCGAAGGCGGGUUCGGCUCCGUAUUCAAGGGGCGACUGGAGGACGGGCGGGAAGUGGCGGUGAAGCGGCUGGGGUGGGGGUCACGGCAGGGGGCGAGGGAGUUCAUGAAUGAGGCGUUGCUGCUAUCGAGGGUGCAACACAAGAACUUGGUGAACCUCCAUGGAUACUGCGCCCACGCCAACGAGAAGCUCCUCGUCUACGAGUACGUCCCCAACGAGAGUCUCGACAAGCUCCUGUUCUUGGAAGAAGAGGGUAACUGGAAGAGGAUGCAGUUGGACUGGAGGCGAAGGUUCCAGGUGAUAGCUGGGGUGGCCCGGGGGCUGCUGUACCUGCACGAAGACGCGCACACCACCAUCAUACACCGCGACAUCAAGGCCAGCAACAUCCUGUUGGACGGCGGGUGGGUCCCCAAGAUCGCCGACUUCGGAUUGGCCCGGCUCUUCCCCGAGGACCAGAGUGAUGUCAAGACCCGCGUCGUCGGCACCAACGGCUACAUGGCGCCGGAGUACGUCAUGCGCGGCUCGCUCUCCACCAAGGUCGACGUCUUCAGCUUCGGCGUCGUGGUCCUCGAGCUCAUCUCGGGCCUGAAGAACUCCGCGUUUGCUCGAAUCUCCGACCCGGAAGCGAGCAGCCUUCUUGAAUGGGCUUGGAAGCUUUACAACGAGGGACGGAGUCUGGAGCUGCUGGAUCCUGCUCUGAAAUCGACGGCGGACGCAGAGCAAGUCGCAUUGUGUGUUCAGCUCGGGCUGCUCUGCGUCCAGUCUGACCCCAAGCAGCGGCCAGACAUGAAGCGUGUCGUGAUCGUUCUCUCCAAGAAGCCAAGAACACUCGAGGAGCCCACCAGGCCUGGGACCCCUGCAUUCAGUUAUCCAAGAUUCGAUGGAACCCGCGGCUCCGUCUACUCUUCCGGUGAAUCUUCCUCUACCGUGAACUCCGCCUCAACCGCUGCCACCACCUCAACCACCAUCACCGUAAAUCGAUCAUCGCACCGGGAGCAGCGCUUCGCGCGACGAUAGAUUUAUGUGGUUGAUUCUUUUUGAAAUUGCGUCUCAUAUUUGCUGAUAUUUGUUUCAUUUUUGUCAAAUGCUCGUGCAUGUGAAUUUUGAUGGGCUUACUUGGUCGUGCUCCAUACGAGAGCAUGCUGGGGGCAGGGAUUCGUUUGAUCCAAGGAAAUUGAGUGUUUGGCCAUCUUCCUGAUACACGGGGGCGGAUAAAUGAAUCAAAGUUAUUUGUAAACAGGGCGAGGUUGGCCCGGUUCCCAGCUCAAACGCGAUCAACAGAAAUGUAAGUAUGCUGAGUCUGAAUUCGGAAUUAGUAUGAUGCUGGAGCUUUCAUGUAGUUGAGCUAGAUUAGGCUUGGCUCGAAUUGUAUAAAUGUUGUGUAUACUUUAUUAUGUAGUCCAUACACGACACUUGCUGUGUUUUCUUCUUGCUUUUAAUUUUUGCCUUUCGAGGCACCACCUUCA